GCCGCUUCGCCCCGCGGCCAGCCGCUAUAUAGGGCCGGCAAGGGGCACAUCCCCCCCUCCGCGCCCAGCCCCCCCGCAGCCCCUGUCCGCGGCGGGGCCGCCCCCUGCCUCCCUCCCGGCUCGCUGAGCGCCUCCCGCCGCCCUCCCGGGCCGAUGUCCGCGGGCUCCGGGAGCGAGGCGGAGGAGCUGCCCGGGAUGGAGCUGCGGGGCUUGCAGCUGGGCUACCCGCAGCCCCCCGGCAAGCGGCAGCCCCGCGGCGAGCUGUACCCCUCGGGGGACAACUCGUCGGCGGCGGAGGAGGAGGAGGAGGAGGAGGAAGAGGAGGAGGAGGAAGAGGACGGCGAGGGCAGCUGCACGGCGGGCAGCGGCUGCAAGAGGAAGCGGGCGAGGGGCGGCGGCCCCGGGGGCAAGAAGGCGCCGUCGGGGCCUCGGGGGCCGCCGGCCGAGGGGAAGCAGUCGCAGCGCAACGCGGCCAACGCGAGGGAGCGGGCGAGGAUGCGGGUGCUGAGCAAGGCGUUUUCCAGGCUCAAGACCAGCCUGCCCUGGGUGCCGCCCGACACCAAGCUCUCCAAGCUGGACACGCUGCGCUUGGCGUCCAGCUACAUCGCCCACCUCCGGCAGCUCCUGCAGGAGGACCGCUACGAGAACGGCUACGUCCACCCCGUCAACCUGACUUGGCCAUUUGUGGUUUCAGGAAGACCUGACACUGACACCAAAGAAGUUUCUACUGCCAGCAGAUUAUGUGGAACUACCGCUUAGUCAAAGUAAUAUUUUUUUUUUUUGAUGUUGUUGACCUUUUUUUUACGGGCUGGAUGUUUUUAAGAGCUAUGAUUUAUUGACUCAAGACUAGAAGAUGGUGACCAAAACCCACCUCUAACAGUGUUAAAUCGGUGUCUCCCAUCAUUCCUUUCCCUUAGAGCUCUGAGGGAAGUGUAUAUAAAGCAGUAAAGAAGGGAGACGUUGGAAAUUAGAGUUUUCAUGAACUGGCUGCAGCAGCUGAAGUCUGAGAUUUGGAAAAGCCCUUCUUUGGCUUCACCAUUCUUACCACUGCCUGAGGACCUGUUGUUCUGAGGCUGUUAAACUAAUGCAAGAGGAAUAUAAUGAUAUAGAAUUAACAGCAUGGACCAAAAUACAAUUCUACAAACUAACCCCAAACAGUGUUAUUUGUAUUCUAAAGCAAAGCAGUAUUUUAGAGUAGCUUUGAAACUCAGAUUUAUAAUAUAUUUUGAUGGCUUUUGUAUUCACGAAUCUGGUUUACUGCAACUAUGCAAUAAGUAUAGUUAUACUUUUUGUCUUUUUAACCAGAGUCUUCUUAAAGAUGUGUAAAUAGCUAAAUUCUGCAUUUAGACUACCAUCCACAGGAAUUAAACUGAUUCCUUUGGUUAUGUCUUGAAGUGCCACAUGUAAGAAUGUGGGGCUGUCCCCCAAAUGUGGCAGUUUCUGUGCCUUAAUUUGGAAGAGGAAUUCUGUUUACUGUAAGGCCAGGGUGCAUGUGUUGUAAAGAAUGAUCUUGUAUGAAUGCUGCAAAAGAGCAAGAAUUUGCAACGUUUUAAACAUUUUUCCUGUACUGUUAUGCUUAUCUUUGAAAAGUUUACCCUCAAAGGAGUUCUAGUGACAUUUCUUCACUAAUUCAAAUGCUGUAAUAAAAGGAGGAUGCCAUCAAAUAAGUUGCAAAUGUAAAUAACUUUAUUUUUUUAUAAAUUACAUUAAAAGCUUGGUUACAAUGA